AACGAGCAGCCCCCGAGCUGAGUUCAUCUGAUUUAUUUGAAACUGUUUCUGAGAGACGGACUGCGUGCGUCCAAACAACCGCAGCGCAGGAAUGCAGCCGACAGCCAGGAAGUGUGUGCGCCUCUUUUUUUAAACUCAGCAGAGCGGAAAACCCGUCCAGGCCGGCCCGGUCCGACCAAUGGGGCUGAACGCAGUGACCCAUCGGGGCUCACGCGGUCCGCUUCCAAACACGGCGAGCUUCAAAAAUAGACCUGACAUGAAAGGAACUGGAAAACAGGCGGGCCAAACAGGACCCGAUCCAGACUGAGCUGGACACAAACGAAGCAGACAUCGUUAAAAGCUUACUUUAACGUCAGCCUCGUCUGACAGCAAAAACCAGACUGGACGAAUCAGCAGAGCCGCCGGUCAACGUUAAAGAAUUAAAGAGCGAUUAAUGUCAGGACUUAAUUACAGCAGGGAGAAGCUCUUAAAUCGAUGUUAGUCGAACUUUAUCCAGAUACGAAUGUGUUGUUUUGAAAGGUUCCCUGAAAAAGGCUUGACAGGAGCAGUAAUGACUCUGUUAUCACAGAAUCUCGUCAGGAAAUCGCACAGUGAACAAAGGAUACCACCUGGACAAUCAUGAAGGAAAACUUGGUUUUAUUUUUCAGCUUCCGAUAAUGAGUUGCUUCUGACGUCCAUCUAUCUUGUAAGCAGACGUGCCCGGACCUCCCUGUCCUCAGCCACGACCUGCAGCUCAUCUGGAGGAAUGUUGAGUUGUUCCGCCAAUCAGUCAAGAGAUUGGAUCUCUGCAGUGCAUCCUGGGGGUUCCUCGGGGUCUCCUCCCAGGUCCACAUUCCUGAGGUCAGCCACAGCCAUCCUGGUCAGAUACUGAACCUGCUCAGCUGGCUGAAUGGUCCAGAAGUUGGACCAGAAGCUCCCGGUGGCCAACGAGUACCUCCUCCUGUCAGGAGGCGUUCGGGAGGGGGUGGUGGACAUGGACCUGGACGAGCUGAGCGUCUACGCCCGCGGCACAGACUACGACAUGGACUUCACCCUGCUGGUCCCUGCGCUCAAACUCCACGACCGCAACCAGCCGGUGACCCUGGACAUGAGACACUCGGCGCUGGGCCACUCCUGGCUCAGCCUCCGCCUCUUCGACGAAGGAACCAUCAACAAGUGGAAGGACUGCUGCACCAUCGUCGACCACAUCAACGGCACCACCAACUACUUCUUCUCCCCAACACUGGUGGCUGACUGGUUCUACCAGUCCAUCUCCCUGGUGCUGCUGGAGGUGCAGAAGAAGCCGCAGAGAGGAAUGCCAAGGGUGGAGAAGGUGGAGCGGAACGGCACCAUCAUCUCCGUCAUCCUGGGCGUCGGGAGCAGCCGGAUGCUCUACGACAUCGUCCCCGUGGUGUCGUUUAAAGGGUGGCCGGCUGUCGCUCAGAGCUGGCUGAUGGAGAAUCACUUCUGGGAUGGGAAGAUCACCGAGGAGGAGGUGAUCAGCGGCUUCUACCUCGUCCCCGCCUGCUCCCACAAAGGCCGCAAGGAGAACGAGUGGCGUCUGUCGUUCGCCCGCAGCGAGGUGCAGCUGAAGAAGUGCAUCUCGUCCAGCCUGAUGCAGGCGUACCAGGCCUGCAAAGCCAUCAUCAUCAAGCUGCUGUCCCGCCCCAAAGCCAUCAGCCCCUACCACCUCCGCAGCAUCAUGCUGUGGGCCUGCGACCGCCUCCCCGCCAACUACCUGACGCAGGACGACUUCUCCGCCCACUUCCUCCUGGGCCUGAUCGACGACCUGCAGCACUGCCUCGUCAACAAGAUGUGCCCCAACUAUUUCAUCCCUCAGUGCAACAUGCUGGAGCACCUGUCGGACGAGACGGCCAUGCUGCACGCCCGCAAACUCUCCUCCGUGCGCUCCGACCCAGCCGAGCACCUGCGCACCACCAUCGAGCACGCCAAGGCCGCCAACAGGCUGACGGUGGAACUGCAGUGGCGGGGCAGCACCAACAACCUGCCGUCGCCGCAGUCCGACGCCGGCGGAGAGAACCAGCCCGACGACCGGCUGGCCAAGAAGCUUCAGCAGCUCGUCACGGAGAAUCCGGGCAAAUCCAUCUCAGUCUUCAUCAACCCGGACGACGUCACGCGGCCGCACUUCCGCAUCGAUGACAAGUUCUUCUAAGACUGACCUCCUCCUCCCUCUCAGCCUUUCUCCUUCUCGCCUUGUCCCCACCUCCUCUGAAACUUUGUUUUUUUUAUUUUUUUAUGUUUCUCUGCCACAGAGUGAAGUGAGGUGAUCGUCUAGUCGUGUCUGCCACAAUUUUUUAUUUUUCUAUUCCCGUCCCCGCCCCCCUCCUCUUUCACUGUGUGCCCUGUGGUUUCUACCUGCUGAAUGCCUUUUACAGACAGCUGCACAGCAGCAGGUUGUUUUACAAAUGAAGGAAGAGAUGGAAGUCCACCUUCAGCCGGCUCUGCUGCUCCAGUGUUAGUAGUUUGUAGUUCAAUAUAAUUAUCAGGGAUCCUGGAAAUGAGACGAGUCCACCAACUCCUGAAAUCGUGACGUGUGUCUCACGCCGGACUCGCUGUUGUUUAAAUUUGGCGCUGAAGCUCUGACGGCAGAAACGAUGUGAAAGCGAGGAGCCGGGCUAAAAUCAGCUGCUUUGAUACGAAUGUGGGAAUUUCAGUGCUGGCGUGGCCAAAGCCUCAGUUUUUAUUUCAUUUUUACUUUUCUGUGAUAUAGUGAAGAACAAUCAAAGCAUGUCAUAAAUAAAUAAAUCCCAUUUCUGCAAAGACUCAGCAUUUCCACUGUUCACCUGUGCUCUUCAGGCCUUCUGCAGUUCUCAUGUUGGACACCAGCCGAAUGGCGAUCUGAUCCUGAGCUUUUCAGUUUGUGGACUCCAGCUGUUCCACCUGCUCCUUAAAGACCAGACAAACUAAAACUCCUCAAAGACGAAUUUCUCCCAACGAUUUAGGAGGAAUUUGGUGACAAUCUGUUUGUUUUCCAGCACGAUGAAGCUCCAAGUUACACGCCUCAAGUGAUUCCUAAGGCUCAGAGAUCAUCACAUUCAUAUUUGGAUCCGUGCAUGGAUCAUUGAUGAGGCAGGACUGGAUUUGUCCAGCAGAGAACUGCAGGAGUCAUGAAGGUCGGUCUAAAUGCUGAUCAGUGCAGAAAAACUGAAGCGAGCACGAAACAAACGUUUGGCUCGUCAGCUGCUCUUCACCUCCACGCGCUCGUUCCUCGCGAUGACACGAGUACGAGGUUUUCAUAAUUAUGAGCAAGUUACUCAAAAUAUCUAAUGACUCGUUUUCUUAUCCAAACCAAACAGCAAAUUUUUGCAGCAGCUCGGCGUCGAGCACGAUUUUAUCCCAAAAGCAUUUCAGAGCUCGCUGAUCGGACGGCGGACGCUUUCAGGAGCUGCGGACAGCCUGAAGUCUCACAUCGAGGAGCAAAAGCAGCAGAGCUCGGACGAAGGUGGAUUUUGUCCCUCUGAGGAAUGUCUUAGUCCCACCGCGGGACGACGAUGAUGAUGAUGGUACUAACGUCUUAGAAACUAACUGUAAAUAGGAACAAAGUGACUGAACUCUGAUGUGUGUAGGCAGAAGGAGGAAUAGACUGACGAUGGUUUGUGGACUACUUUUCGUCUGAUUUUGCACAGAAUGUAAAAAAAACAAACACCGCCGUGUUUCCUCUCGAUGGUGGACGCCGUGUCCUCCUCAUUGUCGAAUGACGAUAUAUCAUAUCAGUUGAUGGUGACACUUUACCGACGGGUGGUCGCAGUGCACGCUGUAGAUGUUCUCAUUAACCGGCAGAGCUGCAGUGAUUGUGAUUGGUCCAAAGACGCGGCUUCCCCUGAUGGAGUCGGACGGCUGAGCUGCCGGUUGGCGUUGCAUCUUGUUCGCGCUCGCAGGCUCACGUUCUGCUUCGCCGACAGACGCCCUGGAUCCCGUGUAGUUUGCAAUGUUUUCCCAGUUUUCCUCAUUUCAGUUUGUUUUGAUGAGCUUGAGCGUAGUCCAGAAUCCUUCCAGACAUUCCAGGGUCCAGAUCCAGACGGACGACGUAGCUCGUGGUCCUGAUGGAGGCGCGGUGGGUUUUGGGCCUGUGCGUGCGAGCGAGGCGUAACAGUUUGGGACUUGAAGCUCGCAGCAGCGUUUCUGUUUACUGCUCAGGUUGAUCUGCUGCACGGUGACCACAGUCAGUAACGUGUCACUUCCGGCUCGAUAUCACCGGCCUCGCUCGCCACUUCCUCUUUCUCCAUCUUGUUUGUUUUGAUCACUGUUUAAUAAGCUUCACUGUAACUUAGUUUCGAUCUUAUUUCUAACCUGACUGAUGUUUACUCCGCAGCUGCUUCUUUGUGUUUGGAUGUCGAGGGUUAGGCUCCCCUUCAGCGCCGCCAGCUCGCCACGUGAUCGUCAGCCUUUCAGAUCGCUCACAAAACAUUGGGACCAAAUCCCGAUUGGGACUUUUUACACUCCAACAGUAGGUGGAGGUUUGGUCUGAUGGAGCUCCAGGCUGGUUUCUGUUUCUGACACAGUUACUGUGCAGUAAGCUAAUGCUGUUUGGCUCCAGAAACCACCGAUUAUGUGGCGAGCCCCAGUUUGGAGCUCAGUCAGCUUGGCUGUGGGAUGUGUGUAAUGAGAUGGUGCUGUGAUGUCAUUACCACCACCUCUACAAGGGUUUUUUUUAGCAAUGUGAACUUCUGGAAGCCUACUGAGGGGCACAAAUCAUCACAGAUUUAGCCACAUGACCAUCAGACACUGUGGUGUCAUGUUUAUAUACAAGGAAAAGAAAAAUGUGCUCAGUUUCAUAUCAUCUCAGCUUCAGCCUCAGUGAAACUUAAAUAUUGAUUGCCGAGUCAGAGCGUGUGCUCAGCUCUGAUUGGACAGCUGAAGCGCGACUGCAGUUAUUGCAGUCAGCACUAAUGCGAGCAGCUCACUACAGCUUAAAAACACUAAAGCAGAUCUUUUUGAUCUCCUGACAUAAACGAGCAUCGGUGGCAUCUGCCGCCUUCAGGAUCCGACUGCGCGCUGACGUGUUUGAGCCGCAGCUGGUUGUGCUGAAGGUGAGUCGUCCCAGGUUUGUUUGUGUUUUUUUGUCAAAGUCUGAAACAUUUCCAGGAAAAUGCAAAAAACCAGAAAAAGAAUCUGCAGACGUCUGCAGACAAUGUGAUCUCCAUAUCCUCAUCCUCAAGUGCAAUUAGUGAACACAGAACAAGUACACACUUAUACAAACGCACAUAUACGUCAUGUAGCAUUAAGACACUGAAGUAAGUUAAAGCUGAACAGUACACUGCUCUGCCGACCCCACAGACCCGCACUGACACUCCCACUCAGAGGUUUUUCACACCAUCAAAGUGCCACACCACGCUCUCCUGCUCGGUGGAAAUGUAAUCAGUGUGUUCUUCUGAGCUCCGUGACUUUUGACCUUACUGCUUUCUCUAUUUGUUGAGAACCUUUUGACUGUGAGUUUUUAUUUUUCUGUACCUCGCUGCUCUGCUUUGUUAUGACGAUGGAUUUCUUUAUGCAACGUAGACGUGGGUGGGCGUAUCCCUUCAGAUGGCAGCUCCUCCCCAUGUGUGAACGUUCUUCGCUGGAUUUCACUGUACAGUAGAGUCACUAUAAAGUCUUUUAAGCUGAAUUUCUCUCUACGUCCUCAGUGAGUCUUUCUCAAAUUUAUAUCCAAAGUUCUAAAUAAAAUUAAACCUUAGUUUACAUUUCAUGAAAGGAAAAACAGUUAACUGAAGUUCUGUAUCAACUUCAGUUCUUAAUAAGUGUAACUGGCGUCUCGGUGUCAUCAGCAAAGUAAAUUAAACUGCAGAAUAUGAGCAUCAAACCUUGGAAAGGGUCUCGACUCCACAGAGUAAAUCAGGCUGUCAUCUGCACAGCGAUCGAUUCUGUUAAAGAGUGCGGCUGAGAAGAAAAACACUCCAGAAAUGAAUCUGGGGGAGCGCCACAGUCUGCAGUUUUAGGGAACAACAAGAAAAUUCAAGAUUUGGUCAACAAGGCCUCACAAUUGAACCCUGGAUUGUGCCACUUCAGUUGACUCAUUAGCUCAUGUGAUUUGUUUUACAAAAUUUGCAUUGUACAGAUUUAUUUAUUUAUUUUAAUUAUACUACAGUUAUAGAUUAGAAUAAAGACGAGAGGCCCCAGGAUCAAACAUCAGGGACCUGCUAUUGGAUUUGUGGUUGACAUUUAAGUUAAACAGGGAGCUGUUUAUUUAUUAGUAAAGUUUGUUGGACCAUAGAAGAAGAAGGAAAUGUCUUUAUCAUCUGCGUAGUUCUCAAAUAUGAGAGCCCAGAACUGAUUCUAAUUAAUAAAUAGAUCAAAUAGGCCGUAUAAUACUCCGAGAGAGGAGUACAUCUGUAAAUAACAGGGGCCCCAUAAUCGAGCCUUGACGUACUCCACCUUAAUCGACUUUGCUCCAUUUAUUUAAACACCAACACUGUGGGACGAGAGCAGAUUCACGAUCUCGCAUCGUACUGCAGAAUUGGGCUCAGGAAGUGCACAGGUUGAAUCGAACCCUGGGGAACAUCCCUGAGUAAGACCUUCAGAAAGAAGCCUCAGGUCUGCACAUUAUGUCACAGUUAUUACACACAGCAUGUGUGUGUGAUCAGUUUCCAGUACUGUUAGGUCACAACAUGAACAUCUGCUAUCGUGUGCCCAUUUUUUUUCCAUGUAUGGAUAGAAAACCUUUCUGUUGACCAAAGUUUAAAAUGUUGAGCGUAGAAAUGGUGAUUUAGUAUAAUCAUGCUAUUUAAUUCUUCUAUAUAAAGGUGAUAAUUUCUGGAUACAGAAUAAGGAGAUGCAGUGUUGUUUGCAGAUGAUGGCACACAUAAGGUAACGUGUGUGCUACAUUAAAGAUGCUCAGUCUCCUGAGAAUGAUGCGAAGCAGAAUAUGACGUCAUGCACGUGGUUGGUGCUGCAGGCCGUUAAAAUAAUGUAUUUAUGUUAAAAUGACAUCAUAAGUCACAUGGCCUCUGUGACACUUUAGACUCAGACACAUUUAAAAUCCAUCCAGACUAAAGGUUUCAAUCGGCCACUCAUCGUCUAAUUAACCCUCAGACCGGGUGAGCUGGUGGAUUCCUUCACUACAUCCUUUAAGCGGUUUCCUCUCUCGACCACCGGGGGGAGCAGUGAGAGGAAGCAGCUCGCUCUGUGUGAGCGGGUAUGAUGGAGGGAGCUGUCAUGUGAACGGAGGCUGUUUGUGCACACAGUGACUUUAUCUCCUGUAAUGUGGAACUACUGUUGUAAAUAGCACUUGAUAAAAUAACUCCUGUCUGA